CAGAGCAACCAGGAAAGUACUGAUAGUGGAGAAGAAGACCAUGAGAGGUCAAAAGCUACGUGUUUAGCUUUAUCAUUCUCUAAUGGAGGUCAAUAAAAACCAGCAAUACCUUCUUCAUAUUCUAAUAUAUACUUCAAUUUCCAUGAUCAAAUCCUUGAAGAUUCUUCCCUUCUUCAUUCCCAUGAACAACAACUCUGCCACCUCCUAAUGUCCCUCUGCAAACCCAUAUCCAAUCCCCUGUUUCCCCACCCAGCUUCCAUCACCACAAAAUGGAUAGAUCAGAUCACAUUUGUCUUUCUCACUUGAUCACAUCCCAACCGUCCGUUCCAUUCUUCCCAGGAGGUUUAUUCCUCGACCCCACCACUAGUGUACCUCCUUCUUUGGUUUCCUUCUUUUCCUCCAAGACCCCACUGCAUCCGGGUUCGGAUUUGGUUUUUUGUUCCUCCAGGACUCGCUGGAGAGUGGUGGGUUUUGAGGGUUUGAAAGUUGGAGGUGGGUUUUUGUCUGUGAGCUUGUCGACUAAGAGAGGCAAAGGGGUUGGUGAUGAUGAUGAGGAGGGGUUUGUUGGGGAAUCAGGAGAAAUCCAGUGGCAAAAUGGGAAAGAACAGGGUGAGACUGAGAUGGUGCAGCAGAGACAGAAAGCGAGGUUGAGGAAGAAUUCUGGUGCUGUGAAUACCAGCAAGCAUCUCUGGGCUGGAGCUGUUUCUGCUAUUGUUUCAAGAACAUUUGUUGCACCGCUUGAGAGACUAAAGCUGGAAUAUAUACUUCGGGGUGAGCAGAAGAAUCUUUUUCAGCUCAUUAGGACUAUCGCAGCUUCUGAAGGGCUAAAAGGUUUCUGGAAAGGAAAUUUUGUAAAUAUUCUUCGUACCGCACCUUCUAAGGCAAUCGAUUUCUAUGCUUAUGAUGCAUAUAAAAAUCAACUCAUCAAAAUGUCUGGUCAUGAGGAAACCACAAACUUUCAGAGAUUUCUUGCUGGUGCCGCAGCUGGAAUUACGGCUACCUUACUCUGCUUACCUCUAGACACCAUUAGGACAAAGAUGGUUGCACCUGGCGGCGAAGCCUUGGGUGGUGUAAUCAGUGCACUCCGCCACACUAUCCAAACUGAGGGAUUCUUUUCUCUUUACAAGGGUUUAGCACCCACAAUCUUAAGCAUGGCUCCUUCAAGUGCCAUAUUUUAUGGUGUUUAUGAUAUAUUGAAAUCAGCUUAUGUGCAUUCACCAGAAGGGAGAAAAAGAAUUGAAGACAUGAAGCAAGGUCAGGAGCUGAAUGCCUUGGAGCAGUUAGAAUUGGGUCCGAUUAGAACAUUAAUGUAUGGGGCAGUUGCUGGUGCUUGUUCCGAAAUUGCUAUAUAUCCAUUGGACGUUUUGAGGAAACAGCUUCAAAUGCAAGUUCCGUCGACAAGGUUAAGUGCACUGUUAACUUGUGUAAAAAUUGUGGAGCAAGGUGGUAUCCCUGCUCUUUAUGCAGGAUUAGUUCCCAGCUUAUUGCAGGUUUUACCAGCAGCUGCAACUAGUUACUUCGUGUACGAGUUCAUGAAAAUUGUUCUCAAAGUAGAAUCCUCUUAAAACAUUUGAUUCCACAUAUAAUUGUGAAGUGUGAGAGAGAAGAAGCAUUCCUUUUGGGUUUUUUUA